AUGGCUGAAGCCGUUGCCAUCAUUGGACUUGUCUCCUCCAUUGCUUCCCUCAUUGAUGCUAGCGCCAAAGUUGUGUCUCGACUCCACGGAUUCACCUCCAAAUCCUCGGACAUACCUGAAUUGUUUCGUUCUUUUUUGGUUCAACUGCCUUUGCUGACUGCGACACUUCGACAUAUCCAAACUCAGGCGCAGGAAGGUAGCCUCCCUGAUGACGCGACGACAGCACUGCAGGCUGUCGUAAGCAGUACAUCGACAGAGGUAUCAGUGAUACAAAAAUGCUUAUCCGACAUCCUCCCACCCCAAGGCGUAUCGAAGCUCGAACGGGGUCUGAAGGCGUUAAAGAGCCUGGCCAAGGAAGAUAAAGUAUGUCAAGCGUCGGAGAAGAUCCAUAAGAGUAUCGAUAUACUGGUGUUGCACCAGACCACGAGGCACGUCGACAUGGGUACUCAUAUCUUACAAGAGCUGUCGAAGUUGAGUGUAGCGCCGAGAGGAUCGUCAGAGUCGUUUGGAAUAUGCCUGGGUCAAGCCCCUCAGAUCGAGCCAGAUGCUUUCAUCGGACGAACGGACGAGUUGCAACAACUACGAGCGUGGCUGUCACCAGCCAAUCAUCCCAAUCGUCAAUGUGUUGUUAGCAUUAUCGGCGUGGGAGGCAUAGGCAAGACACAGUUAAGCUUAGCACAUGUGUGGGACUGUUGUUGCUAUUCAUCGGUAUUUUGGGUGAACGCCAAGGACGAAAAAAUCCUCAGACAAGGAAUGGCAGAUUUAAGUACGGUAAUCUUCCACGAGUCUACGGACCUUUCCGCUCGAAGUGCGGAUGACGUGAAGCGCAAGAUUGACGAGGUCCUGCGAUGGCUGUCAAAGCCCGGCAACGAUCAGUGGCUCCUUAUCUUUGACAACUACGACGAUCCAUAUCUCCCCGGAGUUCGGUCGGCAACGGGAUAUGAUAUUCGGUCAUUCUUCCCAACCCGUUCUCAAGGUAACAUUAUCAUCACGUCCAGAUCGACGAAAUUGACCUUUAGCAAGCAACUUAAACUCGGGAAAUUAGAGAACAUCCAUACGAGCGUGGCUAUCUUGUCACAGCGGUCAGGCCGAGACCUUUCACGCGAUAGUGACGCAUUGGACCUGGCAAGACGACUAGAUGGCCUUCCUCUCGCUCUAGCGACUGCAGGGACCUACCUAGGACGAGCUGACAUUUCAUGCAACGAAUAUAUUGAAUUCUACAACUCGGCGUGGAUGGACCUAGUUGGGAUGGAAGAACUCCUCGAGUACGAAGCACGCACCAUGUCUUCCACCUGGACUCUUUCCCUAGAUCAAGUCAGAAGGCAGGAUAGAGAUGCUUCCGAGCUCUUGACAUUUCUGGCUUAUCUCGGCAACCGAGACAUUUGGUAUGAACUUAUCCAAGCGGGCGCCAAUGAUGACGUCCCAUGGAUGCGUCGUGUCACGAAGACCAAGAUUCAUUUUCAGCGAGCCAUGUCGAAACUGCACGACUACAAUCUGGUGGAUGUAGCAGCAGGCUCGUACCUAGUCCACCCAUGUUUGCACGAUUGGCUCGUCGAGGGUCUUAAUACUCCGCCGAAACCGGAAUUGUUUCUCACGGCAUUGGCAUGUGUUACUUGUAGUGUUGACGAUGAGUCGGGCCCACGGUUCUGGGUGACCAGUCGACGAUUAUUGGAGCAUGCAGAACAGCUCGAAUCCCCACGAUUCCAUACGUUAUGGCAGCGCAUGGCUUCCGAAAAGAGAGUCAUAGAUGCGGCCCACAUCAUUGCAGGUGUGCAUCGACAGUGGGAUCGGCACGACAAAGCAGAGCAGAUGUACAUACGAGCACUGGCAGGGGGAGAAAAAGCACUUGGACCCGAUCACACCUUGACCCUCAGCACGGUCCACAAUCUCGGUGCUCUAUAUCGUGAUCGGGGGAAGCUCGAGGUGGCAGAGCCGAUGUGCAUACGGGCGCUGGAGGGAUACGAGAAAUCACUUGGAUGCGAUCAUACCUCGACGCUCAGCACGAUCCACAAUCUCGGCAAUUUAUAUCGUGAUCAGGGCAAACUGGAGGCGGCCGAGCAGAUGUACAUGCGAGCACUGGCCGGGAGGGAAAAAGCACUGGGACUCGAUCACCCCUCGACUCUCAGUACGGUCCACAAUCUCGGCGCCCUAUAUCGUGAUCAGGGGAAGCUAGAGGUGGCAGAGCAGAUGUAUAUGCGAGCACUGGCAGGGGGAGAGAAAGUACUUGGACCCGAUCACACCUUGACCCUCAGUACGGUUCACAAUCUCGGUGUUCUAUAUCGUGAUCAGGGGAAGCUCGAGGUGGCAGAGCCGAUGUGCAUACGAGCAUUGGAAGGGUAUGAGAAAUCACUCGGACGCGAUCAUACCUCGACUCUCGGCGCGGUCCACAAUCUCGGCCUUCUCUACGCCGAUCUGGAGAAACUAGAGGCGGCCGAGCAGAUGUACAUGCGAGCACUGGAAGGGUACGAGAAAUCACUCGGACGUGAUCAUACCUUGACUCUCAGCACGAUCCAUAAUCUCGCCCUUCUAUAUACUGAUCAGGGCAAACUGGAGGCGGCCGAGCAGAUGUAUAUGCGAGCACUGGCCGGGAGAGAGAAAGUACUUGGACCCGAGCACAGCUUGACUCUCAGCACGGUCCACUGCCUCGGUGCUCUAUUUACUGAUCAGGGUAAACUGGAGGCGGCUGAGCAGAUGUAUAUGCGAGCACUGGCUGGGAGGGAAAAAGCACUGGGACCCGAUCACGCCUUGACUCUCAAUACGGCUCACAGCCUCGGCGCUCUAUAUACUGAUCAGGGUAAACUAGAGGCGGCACAGCAGAUAUACACACAUGCCCUCUUCGUCUAUCAAAAUAUCUUCCGUGCCAACAAGCCCCCCUCACCACUUGCCAUUCGUGUUUUUGCUGCAGUUCUGUGCAAAAGCAUGAGAAUGGCCGAUUUGGAUCAAUUUGUUUGGCAAUCAAACACUGCUUGCUUGAUUCAACUAGCUGAAUACUGGGGAAUGAAAGACGCAGAUAUCAUUGAUUGGCUUGGCAGAUCCAUGGUCUAUUUGAAAGAUGACAAGAAUGCACAACUAGCCUUUCGCCACUCCAUCGAAUGCCGAGGUGGUGGGCUGGCGGAUUUUGGCCGCGUACGCUGCAAUAGUUGUAUCCGCAAGAUCACAAUUAGUUCCGGCCGUCACGUUUGCCGGCAGUGUGUGGACAUCGACUUAUGCGACAGCUGCAUGUCCAAAUAUGCCGUCAAAGUUCUAACUUUGGCGACCUGCAGCAGUCAUGGCUUCUUUCACGUUGAUAUGGCAAAUUUGCGCGAGGCUGAGUCAACUGCGUCGCAGUGCAAGACCACAAUUCAUGCGUGGAUCAACGAAAUCAAGGAUGAGUACAAAGUAAUGAAAGGGCUGUUGACUGAAGUGUCAAGACUUGAAAGGACGGACGCCUUGUCGAACGUGGACUAG